AAGACUAAACCUUCAACAUGAGCUUUCAACCCUCUCUCACAUUUCCCACUCUCUCUUUCCUCAGACUCAAACAACAGCUAUCUUCCAACUCUUUGGUUGUGAACUGUUUUCUUCAAUUUCUUUCAGGAAACAAGUCAUUCAUUCAUUCAAAGCCUCUCUCUUUCAUUGAUUCUUUAAUGGUUUAGGUUUGCUUUGCUUUUCUUUUCUUUUCCCCAUCUCUUGUUUCUUGAACACAGUCUUGUGCUUGGUAGGUUGUGCCAAUGAGGUGAGAAAUGGGCCCUAAACUCCACUGAAGAUUUAAUGGUGUUGAAGGAAGAAAAGAUGGACAGAAGAAGAAUGAUACAGCCUCCAUUGGUGGAUAGCACAGCAUGUUUAUGCAGAGUUGAUGCUGGUCUUAAAACUGUUGCUGGAGCAAAAAAGUAUGUCCCUGGGGCAAAGCUUUGUCUGCAACCAGACAUUAAAGCAUCCAUUCAUCCAACUAGAAGUAAGCCUGCACGUGGUGAGAGUAGCCGCAAUCAAUCCCCUCUUCUUCCUGGACUCCCCGAUGAUCUUGCUAUUGCUUGCCUAAUUCGGGUCCCAAGAGUGGAGCAUCGCAAGCUCCGCCUAGUUUGCAAAAGAUGGUACCGUCUUCUGGCUGGCAACUUCUUUUACUCCCUCCGUAAGAGCAUUGGCAUUGCCGAAGAAUGGAUAUACUUGAUUAAAAGAGAUCGAGAUGGGAAAAUAUCUUGGCAUGCCUUUGACCCUGUAUACCAGCUAUGGCAGUCCCUUCCUCCUGUCCCUAAGGAAUAUUCUGAAGCUCUUGGAUUUGGUUGUGCUGUACUCGGUGGCUGUCACCUCUAUCUGUUUGGAGGAAAGGACCCUCUAAAGGGAUCAAUGAGACGAGUCAUUUUUUACAGUGCCAGGACCAAUAAAUGGCAUCGUGCCCCAGAUAUGCUUCGCAGACGACAUUUUUUUGGCUCGUGUGUUAUAAAUAACUGCCUCUAUGUUGCUGGUGGAGAGAAUGAGGGGGUGCAUAGGUCCUUGAGAUCAGCAGAAGUCUAUGAUCCCAACAAGAAUAGAUGGUCCUUCAUUUCAGAUAUGAGCACUGCAAUGGUGCCUUUCAUCGGGGUUGUCUACGAAGGCAAAUGGUUCUUAAAGGGGCUUGGGUCUCAUCGACAAGUCCUGAGUGAGGUCUAUCAACCAGAAAAUGACAGCUGGUACUCUGUGUAUGACGGAAUGGUUGCAGGCUGGAGGAACCCCAGUGCUUCUUUAAAUGGGCAUCUCUAUGCUUUGGAGUGCAAGGAUGGCUGCAAACUCAGAGUUUACGAUGAAGCAACUGAUUCUUGGAGCAAGCAUAUCGACAGUAAGAUACAUUUGGGUAACUCUAGGGCCUUGGAGGCAGCUUCCCUGGUUCCCCUUAACGGUAAACUUUGCAUCAUCCGAAAUAAUAUGAGUAUUUCACUUGUUGAUGUUUCGAAAUCAAAUGAUGCUGGUGGAGCAAGUGCUGAACAUCUAUGGGAAACUCUAGCAGGCAAAGGGCAGUUCAGGACAAUGGUCACAAAUCUGUGGUCAAGCCUUGCCGGCAGAAACCGCCUGAAAAGUCACAUAGUUCACUGCCAGGUUCUUCAAGCUUAGAACUGUAAAUUGUAUCGAAAAUCAAAGGUGCUUUCUUUAGUUUAUAUGUUUUUGGAUUAAUGGACCAUAAAUGUUAUA